UUAUGUUUCUUAGACAUUAGAUACAUCUAAGAAACAUAUAUUAGGCUAACAUGUGCUGCCUGGGUAGCUAUUAUUUCUUCGAGGAAUUUUGUUAAGUUAAAAUUCUUAAAAGAGAACUACAAAAAUAACAAGCAAAUUAAGAAAAAUCCACUAAUACUUACGAACUCUUUAUCUUUCCUCGCAAAAGUUUUCCUCGAUAUAUGCGUUUAGAGAUACAGACGGGCAAACGGGGAGAAAGGGAGGAAAAGAAAGAGAUAGAGAUACUAUUCGUAAGAAACUUUCUGUCGCUUUUGAUUCCACGGAGUAUUGUUUCGAGAUAUAAGUUAUUCCAGUUGCCUCUUGUCAUCUAAGAAUCACCCAUCUCGUGUAGAAACACAAACAGCUUCUGGUCUUCGUGCCCGCCGCUUUAUUUUUUUAGACCACUCUCUUACGGCCACCAUCUGCGUGCAUACUGACUUUACGUCGCUCGGCUACCGUAUACGAGCGACAAUCCGCAACAUUCCACGGGUGUAAGCCACCCUGCGCGCAUCCCUGUCUCUUCCUGAUACGAUUUCCUUGAGCGACACCCUCUUCGCGGCGGAACCGACACAAAAACUCCACUUAGUAACUUAAUUCCGCAAUUGCUGCUGAUCGUUCCGUAAAAUCACACGCGUACAAUCGACAUUUGCUCACUUGAAGACGUACGUGCGAUUAAUUGCGAAUCUUGUUGCCAAAAUUCGAUUAUUAGCUUUGAAUAUUAAAUAUAUCAUUCAUUAAUUGCGCAAAAUCAUGCAUCCUGAUAAAGAUGUCUUGGCUAUCAUGAAUGCUACGAUUUUAGAUACGUUUGUCAUCCUCGUAGAAAAGCCGCGCCGCUACCGAAAUAACUGCAUUAAUGCGCGGGGACGAAAAAUGCAGGGCUAUCGCUUUUGUCAAGCGGGUCUGACGUGUGGCACGAGAAAAUAUUUCGGAGAAGAAGAUGAGAAGAAGAAGAAGAAGAACUGGCGCUAUUCUUGCGUCCAGGUGUGAGCUUGUAACGCCAGUGUAAAUAUACAACACUUACGCCAUUCCGACAGAGGCUCUUCGGAAACUAUUAACGUAUCCCCCGGCAUCCCUGCGCUUCCCGCCCCACUUUUGUGUUUCGACUCAUUUCUCGCCUACUUGUACGUGUUUUGAUCCUCAGAAACUAUAAACCACCCGCUUUAUUAAUGAUCCGCUCAACGGAUUUCCAGCGUUCGAGCGUCAUUAUCCUACGAUGGGAUCGGAAACGACAUCAAUCGUAUGCUAAAGACUGAAGAGGCGAUCCCUGAAAAUUAUUUCGAGCCGGAUCUCGCAGGGUCACUCACACAGAAACGGUUUUUCGUUCAAAUGGUUGCCGCCACUUAUGAGACACGAAAUAAAUUCGUGUGCUUUCGCGUUUUAUGUAAAGGUAGAAUUAUUUAAUAUUAAAUAAUUAAAGAUAGAAUUAUUUAAUUUAUGUAAAUUAUGAAACACAUUAAAAGGAAGUAUUCUCUGCGAAACAGUGCGAAACUCGCUUGCUGCAGAAUUUAUUUUUUAAAGCCAUUUAUAGUCAAUCGUUUUCAAUUAAUUAUUCUUUGGCACACGCAUAAAAUCGCGUGUAUUCUUGCUUCUCUAUGCUUUGAUAUUAUUUAUUUCCAGUCUACAUGCUUUAUCAAAAUUUUAUCAAAAUUUACAUGUAUGUAAACAGAUCAUUUUUCGAUUGCUAUUUCAAAGCGUGUCAAGUGAUUUUUGUCAAGUUUUGGUGUAGGCACGCGCGUACUGUAGAUACGCAUUCAUCUCGAGAGACACAGACACACAUUCAUCAGCGUACGCAUAACUUCUGUACGAACAUUCACGUUCUCGUGAAUCGAGUCGACUUGUUUAUCAUGAUCGGAAGCUGAAAAGUCGAGUUGUUCGCCAAGAGUUAAAGGGAGUAGGGAUGAUGCUCGUUAGGCAAUAAUAUACCAAGCUGAUCAUGAUAGCGAGUACUCAAUUUUUUCUUCAUUUUUCUCGUUUUCUUGUUCAAGUCACAAUAUUAAUAAUACAUGGAAUGAUAAAAAAAAUAUAUAUUUGUUUACUAUAGAUGUAUUCUGUCGAGACUAAAUUGAGAAAAGAUUAUUAUUUAUUUAAGCAUGAAACGCAGUGAGAAUGUAGUUGAUCUUAAAAUAAAUAGAAGAUAAAAGUUAUCGCAUAUUUUCUAUCAAUGUGUUGCAUACAAUUUGCUGACGUAAGCAGCUGUCAUUAAACCGUAGGAUCGAAGGCAGUUAAUUGCGGUUGGUGAUCCCGCCGAUUACGAAAGCAAUAAUUAAGCCUGCUGCUCUCGGCUUGUAACGUGCAGCGCAUGCACUAUAUUUUAAAGUUGUAGAAGAAAAAACUAAGACAAGCAGAAUAUUUGCGUGCUUCCCUGGGUUAAGAAUAAAUAAUGAUAAGCAGUUGCGUGCGAUAAAGAACGUCGGCAUGUUACAAGCAGCGCAACGGUUGAUACGACGCCUGCGUCAGCGCGUAUUCAUUUGCACACAGACGAUCUAAUUAUCAUCUCUAGAUAAAAUAAUUCGACGUUUUUCCAAAGAAGUUUAGAGGUCACGCGCGUAUUCGCGAUUUUCCCAUUCAACUAACUUCGCUCGCGCCGUUACUCGAGGCAGAUCUUUCGAGGAACAGAUUCCCGUUCGCAAACCAUUUUGCAUUUACAGGUAGCGUCGAAUCAGACCUCUGUUAAUGAAAGUGUCGCUUGGAAUUAAUGAAACAUUCACGAUCCCCGUUGAUUUCUGCUCACCAGGCUGAUUAAUCGUAGCGUAAUCCCGAUACUAAAUCGGCCGGAAACUAUUCGUUCCUCAAGGCUCAAGCGCUCGCCAAUUUUUCGACCGUUAAUCCGUAGCGCGGAAAGUUUCCGGUUACUGGAGCAGUUUCUGCGCUUCAAUGACUCAUUGUCAGACGUUGAAAUUCUCGUUAUGUUUGCUGCACGAACCUUGCGUGCAUAAAUAGACAAUUCGCCUAGGAUGACUCUCGGAUCGAUCACGAGGUGCGACACGCGAAGGCGCACCCUUCCCGAAGAAAUUCGACGGAGGGUCUCGGAGGGCCGGCCUUUUGCUUUGUUGCUUUUUAAUGACGUCGUGGGUCGGAACGACGGGACGAUGAUGACGAUGAUGAAUCGGGCUAAACUCUCGCGUAAAUCCCUAUCGGGCGCGUGCACACGCACGUCGCACACACGCUUCCGUACGGUUGUGCCGGUGUAUCGUGUGCGUAGCGUAGCGAGGGGGUUCUCGAAGGCGGUCUUCAGUUUCGGUUAAGCAUUCGUCGAAGAGAGAAUACGUCUUACUCCGUCUGCCUCCUACGCCGUUCCCCUGCCGAAUCACCCCGGGUGUGUACGAGGUUUCGGUUUCCGGCUUAAAGUUUUAACAUCCUCCCACACUGCUCGUCAGCGCGCUCGAAGGAUUUCCGUUCUCCAACGACAUGGGCCCGUCGUCAUCAUUUCGGAGCCGACCACGAAGAGAGCCGGCGAUGGAAAUCUGGGAAAACUGAGAGGAAAACUGCACGCGUCUAUGGAUUGGAGAGCAGAAGGUCGGAGGGAAAAUGUGGAAAUUUGUUCGGUGAAUUUUCCUGCCGUGUGUCGUGCGAUAGUGUGUGUUCACUGUAAGUUCUUAUGUGAACGGAGAGCCGAUAAUAGGCAGCAUUAUUUACGAUAACUGCAACAACAAUUGCGGUUGUCCGCGCGACGGUUUCUCAGAUCUUUCGGUAGUAUUUCGUUUCAUGGAUGUCAAAGUUCGUGGCAUUCACGAUGGUAGUAGCGAGGAUGCUCGCCUCGUCGAAGUAACAUCGAUGCAGUUAGCGUGCUAAUGAUAAUUGCCUCGUAGCAAAGAGGAAAGUGUAAAGUGCAACAAACGAGUGCGGGGAAUUAUCCUGCCCACCUGGAGGGUGGUUUUGUUCGUUCGUAGUCUGCUUGCGCGAAUGCACCAUGUACGGACGAAGAAUUCCGCGGAAAAGGGGUCUUUCCUCUCCGGAAAAGCGGACAAAUUCAUCGGUAGGCGUGUCCAGUCAACAGCAGUCAAAUCUGGUGGUACAAUUGCUACCAAACCGUGGAAAUUUCGAGAUUGUAGGGUGCCGACAUCAACCGCACAUUUGCGGAACGGAGGCGGCUUGUCGCAGCUUCCCGAAUAACACGUCAAAGUGCGUGUGUCCGCACGAUUUGUCGCCGCCGACGCCGGAUUUAAGAUGUCCAAAUCGCGUGAUCGUUCCUCUAACGCCUCGUCCCAUACACAACAUCAUACCUCCAAGUAACAACAAUAGCACGAAUACUACGAAUAUUGCAAGCGGGCUGCCGGAAGCUGAGCAGGUGGAGGGACUGAGGCAAAAGGUACCUGAAAUAGUAGGUAUAGCUAUAGCCCUCAUCGCAGUAAUAGUGUUUUUAUUCGGUAUUGUGUAUGGUAUCAAAAGACGGAGUUAUAACGUCAAGUCACAGAGAGAUUCCACCGAUGAAAGUUCAGUAAGUUUGAAAAAAGAGAUAUCAUUAAUGCCUAAGUGUACAGCCAAUCCUCAAUAUUUCGAGGACUCCCCUUCGGAGAUUCUCAUUAUAAAACGCGAGGACCUCACAUUUCUGCGCGAUAUCGGCGAAGGGUGCUUCGGAAAGGUUUACAAAGGUGAAUGGCGCAAUGAAGACAGGAAAGAAACCGUCGCUAUAAAGGUUUUGAAGGUCACUGCUACGCGCGAGGCCGAAACGGACUUUAUCCGAGAAGUGGAUGCCAUGUCCACGUUCCAUCAUCCGAAUAUCUUAUCCCUGAAGGGAAUAGUAUAUCAUAACGAGACGAAUAGGCCAUGGAUGGUGUUCGAGUAUAUGCCGUAUGGUGAUCUCACCAAAGUGCUGCGAGCGAACUCCCCGCAAUUCAGUUCGUCGAGGACCGGCUUGCAACCACUGACAAAGGACUCGCUAUACUGGAUCUCGAUCCAGAUUGCAUCCGGGAUGACGUAUUUGUCGUCGCAAAGAUUCGUACACCGUGAUCUAGCGUGUCGGAAUUGCCUGGUAGGCGUAGGUUUGACAGUGAAGAUCGCCGAUUUCGGCAUGUCACGGGACAUCUACACCUGCGACUAUUAUAAAAUCGGAGGCUCGCGAUUAUUGCCAGUCCGAUGGAUGUCGCCGGAAAGCGUGAUGUACGGGAAAUUUACUCUGGAGACUGAUGUCUGGAGUUUCGGUGUUGUUCUGUGGGAGAUUUUCUCGUUCGGGAAGCAGCCCUAUUAUGGUUCUAGUAACGAGGAGGUCAUCAAGUUCAUACGUGAGAAAUCCGUGCUCAGCCCACCGGAAGAAUGUCCACCCAUCAUCGAGCAAAUAAUGCGCGAAUGCUGGAUGUACGAUUCGACGAAACGGAUUAAGUUUCCCCAAAUUCUGAAGAGAUUGCACGAGGCACAGGAUAAGCUGAACCAACAAGAAACACUACCUAAACCACCCCAGGGACCGGUAACCGUUCGUACACCGGACGCUUUGGAUCCAGACGGCUACUUGCUUCCAGCUCCUGCGAUUCCUCACGACUAUCUGCAAACUCUCCCAUCUCUGUCGGACGAAUAACACAUCUACUGUGACAAUUUGUGACAAACUCAAUGUGUGAACUUCAAAUGAUCGAGUGAAGUGCGCGAAGCGAUAUAUGCGAAAUGCGUGGAAAGAAUUGAAGAAACGUGUUGGAGAUUUCAGUGGAAACAUAUUCCGGUUGUGACAUAGCAAAGAUUUUACAUUGAGCUACACGGAUGCUUGUGAGAGAAGUUUAAUGUAGAACGUUUAAUUCUUGUUAUUAUUCUGUAUUAAAGACGACGCGUUACGCGAGAUAUUAAUGUAAAAUAUACGAGAGCUUGGAAUAUUAAUGCUUCCGAAGAUUAGUAUAGUAAUAUCGCUAUGUUAGAACUAUUUCUACAUAUUUUACUGUUAUAUGUUUUAAUAUUUUAAAACUAUCCCAGGCAGC